CCAGCAGAUUGACACAUCCGAACAACUGAUCCCCGUGAAGAAACCCUCAUGUGUGGCUUGUCCCGUCAGCUCGUCCGCCGCACGCCUUCGAUGCUUUGAGUGGUGCAAACUGAUCUCGCGAGAGCUGUGUCGCUGACUGUGACUGGUCGAGUCUUUUGCGGUUUAGGCUGAGGGAGAAGGCAGGCAGGCAGCAUCAUGGCGGACAGAGACAGUGGAAGUGAGCAGGGAGGAGCAGCCACGGGCCCAGGCUUUGGUUCCAUGCACUCGGCGGCGGGAGCGGCAGGCUCGGCUUCCGGCCUCCAGCACGAGACUCAGGAGCUGGCGUCCAAGCGGGUUGACAUCCAAAACAAACGCUUCUAUUUGGACGUAAAGCAGAACGCCAAAGGCCGCUUCUUGAAGAUAGCCGAAGUCGGGGCCGGUGGCAACAAGAGCCGCCUCACUCUUUCCAUGUCCGUGGCAGUCGAGUUCCGCGACUACUUGGGGGACUUCAUCGAGCACUACGCCCAGCUCGGUCCCAGCAACCCGGGCUUGGUGCAGGACGAGCCGCGGCGAGCGCUCAAGAGCGAGUUCCUGGUGCGGGAGAAUCGGAAGUACUACAUGGAUCUAAAGGAGAACCAGAGGGGACGGUUCCUGAGGGUCCGGCAGACCGUCAGCCGGGGGGCCGGCUUGGGGUCCACGCAGGGCCAGACCAUCGCGCUCCCGGCCCAAGGACUUAUCGAGUUUCGUGACGCUUUGGCCAAACUUAUUGACGAUUACGGCGUGGAGGAGGAGCCCGCGGAGCUGCCCGAAGGCUCGUCAUUGACUGUGGACAACAAGCGCUUCUUCUUCGACGUGGGCUCCAACAAGUACGGCGUGUUCAUGCGGGUAAGCGAGGUGAAGCCGACGUACCGCAACUCGAUCACGGUGCCCUACAAAGUGUGGUCCAAGUUCGGGAAUACAUUCUCUAAAUACGCCGACGAGAUGAAGAAGCAGCGGGAGAAGCGAGCGUGCGAGCUGGAGGAGGAGGAGGAGGAAGAAGAUGAGGAGGAGGUGCAGGCGGACGACGGUGACGAGGAUUGAGACAGAGUCGGGAAAAUAACAAGAAAUCUAACCAUAAACUCUACUGUAUAAAAGAAAUCUAAUUGAAACGGUUUAACUCCAAGGGAGCAUCACCCACAAUAUAAGAAUUCACCACAACCUGACAGUUCUGACAUCAUGUCACUCAUCGCUGGAUGUUAGCCCACUUAUCCACCAUUAAUACAGUAACUGGCUGCUAAACAAAGUAAUAACAUGUUUGAACAUUGUUUCCUACUUGACAAACAAUUUGGAGUCUUUAUUUCCCUUAUUAACAGAGUAAAACAAAACUUUUGUACCACUUUAAGCUAAAAACAACCAAUGUUUGCAAUGUUGGGAUCUGAGAGUAAGCAUUUCCUUUCCAUGUAAGCUAAUACCUUCAGCACAAAUUAGAUAUUUUAUGUGGGUUUUUUUUCUUUUCUUUUUUCAAAACCAAAUUUGAGAAAGUUUGUAAAACAAAAAUAUGGUCACACAUAUUCACCAUCUUGUGUACCUGUGACCAUAAAUGUGUUUACACACAUCAAAUGAGGGCUAGGCCUGCUUUGGAAACUAGUUAGCUGUCAUGUAGUUUUUCAAAAGUGUUCUCUUUAUCUUGUGCAAUAUGCAUUGCAUCAAAAUCAAAUCAAUAUUGCUCAGUAAUUCUUGACGUGUUGACCGAGGCAUUCAAAGAAGUCACUCUUAAAUCAGUUGAAAUUGUUGCAGUGCAAAUGGAUAGAUUAGACUGCCGUUGUGUUGUCGUUGAUGCAAUGUGUUGGGUUCAAAGGUACUAAAUGCAUAGUAACGAAAUAACAUGUAGCAAAUAGAGAAAAAUGAACAAUUGGCCGGAGCAUUAAAAACAUCAAAAUGGUGCCAAUUAAAGCGUGCACGUUUGUCUGCACUUAAGUCGAUUGUUGGUUUCCCAAAAAUGUGUCUCGAGGACCCUUCCAUAUUUUUCCUGUAUUGCACGAAAGCUCGACUCCUUGAGUAUUGAGCGAAGCCCACCCAAAGGCUGCUGCUAGUGUAGUGGAAAUCAAAAGAUUACUAACACAUUAACAGGGGAGCCUUUAGGCAGACCUGGUUGGAGGGUCCAAUUUUGUGACCACGUGCCCUUCCUGAUGGGCUUUCAGUACUUCUGUCAAGUUUAUCAGCGAUGGCUCACAUGGACACGCAAUCCCCUGUAAAAGCCGGUAUAUUUCUGCCUUUGUUUCGUGUCAAAGUUGUAACAUGAGACGAUGCCUGUGUGAAAGGAAAUCAGCGUAACAUCAGCGCAGAAACUUUGGAAAGUUCGGCACUGCCGAUGUAGAACGAAUAUUUUCAAAUAUGAAAACAAAAAUGUUUAUUCCGGUCGAACGCUCCCGUAUAUAAGUUACUGUUGGGACGCUACAAAAGCAGAUAAAUGUCAGAUCUUCAGUUACGAUUAUUUUUUUUUUGCGGUAUUUGUGUGUUUAAAAAAAAAAUCUAAUGUUUCUCUUUAGUUGGCCCACAUUUUCCUGGGGAGGCGAUGAUAUACUCGGGCUGCCACACGUAAAACGACUGGCUCUAUUCGUCCAGUUCUGUCGCAUCUCAUAGAUGUGUGAUAGCAGUUUUAUAAACUCUUGCCAGUCACCUUAAGAGAAACUGGCAAUCCAAUCUAUUUACCUCAGCAGUGAGUUAAGUGUUUGCUUCCGUGAUGUUUAGAUUUGACUGGAAACCAGCAAACUAGACCGUCCUUGACCACCAAGAUAGGGUAAAAGCUUACUGGGAGCAUCCUCUUCAGCAGAUAAAAACAACCUGGUGCCUUACACACUCCGCAUGCUUACACGCUGGCCUGGUGCUUUGGAUCGCAAGUUUGGCUUCUUUUCGACUAGUUCCAUUUAUUUUUUUUUUGGUCUCGGCCCAGACUCGUGGUGCUAACACAAGGCGUUGUCCUUCCAAGUACCUUCAUCGCAAUUUAAUAUGAUCCCCCAGCCAUCCAGGUAUCGGCCUACAUGUAAACAUGGAAGCGGAAGGGGGGUCACCUCGAUGCAAGAUGAUGCAAGGAAUUAGCACCAAGCACAUAGUAGACAGAUCAGUGAGUGGAAAUGAUUGGAAAUAGUUAUCGACAAGCCUCCAUCGCCGCCCCUCCCCCUUUACCCACAUCUCCAUAUGGCUUUUAGGUAGUCGUGUAUGUUGCCGGUCGCUCAAUUAAGGGGGAGUAGCACGCAUGUCUUUAUUUUAGUUUCACUUUAGGUUUUACCUCCUCAGCGUUAUUCCACUUUGUGACUUUUGGAAUGUUUUCGGCCACAAAAAAUAGCUCUAUUUUUUAUGUGCAACAUUUCAUGACUGUGCAAUAUCGUCUGUGCCAAUUGUGGCAAUAUAUGUAUAUCAAUUAAAAUAUGAUUACUAUUUGAAAAGAUGUGGCUGAAUUCCAUGUUUAUUUCUAGUGGAGGAGUUCUAAGCCGCUAUUUGCACUCAAAAAUAAAAAUAUACUGGAGGGGAAUUGAGGUCAAACGAAGGUCAGAACAGCCACGACAGUUCACGAUAACUAAGGUCACUUGCCAAAAUGGCAGCAAGUGUUGAAGGAACAUUAAAAAAAACAACUUUUGAAUGAAAAACAAUUGUAAACUGAAAUCUCCAUUUUAGCUUUAAGCUAAAGGUGCUUGAGUCCAGUAUUCAUUUCCGGUUUGGUGAACUGUCUUUAGUGGUUGUUGUGUGUAGCACUUUGCUUUGCAAUGCAGGUUGUAAAACACCAAUACUUUAUCUCGAGAAUGUCAUUAUCUUUGUUUUGAUACAUGAAAUAUAGCGUAUGUAUAUUUGACAAAAUCUGAGUUUAAUUUUGCCCGAUAAAGAUGAAUCUAUAUUCAAAAUAUAUGUAUUUUCAUGUUUCUUGUUGAACGAAAAAUACCAAAAUGUCACCUAUUUACUGAUUGGGGAUAAGGAUGUUUGAUUUUGAUGUAGUAUUUGUCCACACUGUCUUGACAUUUGCAUCAAUACUAAUGACUAAAGCUUAAUUUUACAGCCUUAAAAAUGCGAAAUUGGUGACAAAACACCUGACAAUUACCUGUGUUGUUGUCUUAUAGAUAAUUCUAGUACUGUAUGUGUCAUAACAGGCUGUAAAAUAAAGCAUUGAUCUCUGAUCCUCA